AUGGGUGACAACAACCAAGCUACCACGGGUUUUGACCCUGCCGCCAAUGCUCCCGAUGCUGCUGCUUGGGACAAGGGCAAGGGCAAGGCGACAGACCCCACUCAAGACAUGCGCAUGGACGAUGAUGAGAGUGAUGAGAGCGAGGCCGAAGAAAUGAUCGAUGAUGAUGACGAUGAAGACAAUGACACCCUGGAACCCAUCUCUUCUGAUAACAUCAUCUCUGGUGGCCGCCGUACACGCGGCAAGACCAUUGACUUCCAAGCCGCCGCCGAGAGUUUGAAGGAUGAUGGCAUGGACGAGGACGACGAUGAGGACGACGACUACGUCGGCGCUGGUGAUGACGACGAGGACAACAAGAUGCAGGAUUAG